AUGGCUUUCUGCGAAACGGCUUUCUACGAAACGGUUUUCUACGGAACGGCUUUCUACGAAACGGAUAUCUGCGAAACGGCUUUCUGCGAAACGGUUUUUCUUAGAAAAGAAAAGGUUUUAUGCGAAACGGCUUUCUGCGAAACGGUUUUCUGCGAAACGGCUUUCUACGAAACGACUUUCUGCGAAACGGAUUUCUCCGAAACGGCUUUCUGCGAAUCGGCUUUCUGCGAAACGGCUUUCUGCGAAACGGCUUUCUACGAAACGGAUAUCUGCGAAACGGCUUUCUGCGAACCGGUUUUUCUUAGAAAAGGUUUUAUGCGAAACGACUUUCUGCGAACGGUUUUCUGCAAAACGGCUUUCUACGAAACGGCUUCCUACGAAACGGCUUUCUACGUAACGGAUAUCUGCGAAACGGAUUUCUGCGGAACGGCUUUCUGCGAAACGGCUUUCUACGAAACGGCUUUCUGCGAAACGGCUUUUUGCGAUACGGCUUUCUGCGAAGCGGCUUUCUGCGAAACUGCAUUCUGCGAAACGGCAUUCUACGAAACUGCUUUCUACGAAACGGCUUUCUGUGAAACGGUUUUCAGCGAAACGGCUUUUUGUGAAACAGAUCUCUACGAAACGGCUUAUUGCGAAACCGCUUUCUGCGAAAUGGCUUUCUGCGAAAUUUACGUCAAUACCGACUUUCAUAAUUUUUCUAGGCAAGAAUAUUUCGUUGCCAAGGCUAUGUUUUAUGUUAGGGAGGAUGUUCGAAAAAAGAAAUUAGAAGUGCCUGAUGUGGCUAGCGAUUAG